AUGUCCACCUGGUCACUUGAACUUCACACUAAUCUGUCUGACCCUGAAUUGAUGACCCUCCUCCGGUCUGCAGCAAGAUACAAGCAGCGUUCUGACCAAACACACACUUCUGCACACGAACCAUUACUGUCUGAGCUACCGCCUCCUCCAAUCUGGUGCCUUCUCCUCGGCGAUUCCGUGCACGAACGACUCCAAACCUCUGGCACACAUACUAUGCUUGGGCAAGGCCAAUUUCCGCACAUUUUAAAUGCAGGAUUAGGUGGAGAUCGAAUUCAAAACUUCCUCUACCGACAGGAUACAAAGGGUUUGUUUUGGGAUCUCCGAUCAUAUGGGGUCAAAUUUGCUAUCCUAAGAUUGGGAACCAAUGAUCUAGAACCCAAGCGUGCAUUGCAUGCUGAGGCGCAAUAUGCUUUGGUGCUAGAAACAGUGCAUCGAGCUGCAUCUGCUGUAAAAGUUCUGGUAACAGGCUCGAUGCCUCGGAAGGACGUUGAUCUAAGGGUAUUGAUCAGAGCAUCGCCAGUCUGCAGCGGCUCGUCCGAGAUUACAAUGCUAUGA